UACACCUGGUCACUCUGUCCAGUGAGCCACUGUCCGGCCACAAUGGCCUUUCUGAGACCAAUUACUUCAUAUCUUGCCACUCCUCCAUGCAGACUUUGACAUCUUAACAAUGCCACGCAAUGGGCAAUCUCGCUGCAAUGUGUUGUACAUUCUCUCCUAUCAAUAUUGUACGUGAGUGUCCGUGAUACUGCCGUGGCCUAGCCUACAGCGUGACGUGAAAUACCAUGACCCUUGAUGACAGGUGUGGCAUCAUAGGGCACAUAAGUUUAUAUACGUUCGAUCAACUGCUAAUGUAGGUUUCUGCUCCAGUAGCAGCCAUAGCAAUAAUAUUUAUAUUGUAUUAUAUAGUGUGUUUGCUUGGAGCACGCGCUUUCGCCGACUACACCCAGGGCCUUAAGGCUGCUGAAUCAGGUGUACUCGGCGUUAUGCAGUGCUAGAACAGCAGCGUAUUCGUUUUUAUUUCUGACUUAGAAAAAAGGGAGAAAACAGCGAUUUGAUUGGAAGAGCUUAUAUAAACUCACAGCGCCGCUCGCAAUAAGAGCGGCGUUCAGAUUUGGUAAAACUCAUCAGUCAUGAGUAGUCUCUCAAGUCAGCGCGGGGAGGCAGUGGCUAGGAUAUCUUCAUCUACAGACGAUAAACAAGCGCUCGAAAGAGUCGGCGUUAUCUGGAGGAGUGUCUGACCGCACAGUAGAACGCUGUGAACUGAUUUAGACCUCAACUCGAGAAGACAAGCUACAGCGCUGAAGUUAUCUUUAAUCAGUGGAAGCGUGCUGUGUGAGACAAAUGUUUCCAAUCUAAGGUUUUUAAUGGUUCAACACGGAAGGAAAUGACCGUCUGCCGACCAGCCUCAUUGGCUUGAACAACUUGCUUAACUGACUUAAUGGAUGACUGAUUGAUAUAACAAAACAUUCAACUAGUAAGAGGAUAUUACUCAACUGAAGUCGAGCCAAUAUAAAGCGUGCAUAUCCAGGACAUGGCAAUGAGUGGGGACAGUGGUUCACCAGAAUUGGCAGCUCCAGAUUUGACCAGGUCUAAGAACUGGCAGCCAGCUGUAAUGUUGAAGAAGUUUGGAAGGUACGGCAAGGAAAAUGGUUGCUUGCGUUACCCAAGUGGUAUUUCGGUGGCGGACAACGGACUGAUAUACGUCGCUGACAACCGGCUCAAUAAGGUGCUAAUAUACGACAUCGAAGGCUCUUAUAUUUCUUCGUUUAAUUGUAGUGGUGCUGCGUCCGUCACUGCCCUACGGGACGGCAACCUUGCCAUAGCGUCUUACACAGGGUCAACGUGGCUCAGUGACUCGUGCGGACUACACGUCUUCACCCCUGAUGGCCAGUGUGUGCAAGCUUUUAAGAAUGUCCCCGCUGCCACCAGCGUGGCCGUCAAUGCCAACCACGAGUAUAUCAUAGUGGAUCCAGUGGAGCAAUGUAUCAGCGUGAUCAACAGCCACGGGGACAUUGUCCGGCAGUUUAACAGAACUGGGAGAGGGGAGGCCAAACUGCCCUUUGCCUUGACUGUGAACAGUAGAAAUGAAAUAGUGGUUUCUGACACUUCUAAUAACUGUGUCAAAGUUUUUAAUAAUUUGGGUGUUUGUUUGAAUCAGUUUGGACAAAAGGGCAAAUCACAGCACAUGACCAUGGCCAUAGCACCGGACGGUUCCGUCAUUCGUUUCAAUAAACCAAAAGGGAUUUGUGUGGAUUCCACUGACAACAUAUACGUGGCAGACAGUAAAAAUGGUCGAAUCCAAAUGUUCACCCCCGACGGACAGCAUCAGAGAUCGAUUUUGAUGUCUAGCCCCAAAUUCUUCAGAAAGACUGUGGCACCGGAAGCCGUUGCCAUGGCACCGACAGGUGAAUUGUUGGUCUCCUGUGUUGGUGAUUUUACGGAAAUCCGAGUUUAUGCGUUGUAAACCUUUGAUUGAGUGGCUGGCGAAUUUCAAAGGUUGUGAAACGACCUGUUGUUAAGAUUUUUGACUGGUUUUCAUUGUUGUUUUUCUUUUACGGAAACACUGGUUACGAAAUGGCGUAGCCACCAGAAAUUUGUUCAGUAAAUUAAAUUCCUCACUUUAAGGAAUGGCUUGGAUACACAGUCGUAAUACAGUUUUUUAAGCUUACAAUUAGGUGCAAUGAAUAAAAAGAACGGACGCCAAAAAUUAAAGACAUUGUUGGUUUUACUGAUUAAGUAAGGCUGUUCAGGCGUUUUCAUUAGCUUAGGAAAAACAGGAACUUAAUCUGCCUUACGGAAUAAUUGGCUCGUGUGUUGGCAUAAACAAUAUGGGAAAGUGCCCGCAUUCUACCCAUAUGUCCAUCAACAUACCUGCAAGGUAUCCUCAGACAGCAAUGUUAUCUCAUAUACUGUCAACGCAACACGUUCUGAAAGCCAUAUAAUGACCCAUGGUCGGCUUGCCAUUAAUACUAUAUGUGGAGGCUCUAAUAACUGAUUUUCAAUAGCACCUGGGCUCUUUUUUUCCUGGAAAAGACAUUCUGCAAUCCAUACUUAUUGGAAUGCAAGCAGACCGCAAGGCUAAUUUCCUUUAUUGCUUGCCUGAAACUUACCUUACCUGCGCUUUGAUGUCUUUGCCUUCUAGUACUAGAUGUACAGAAAACUUGUUUUUUAUCAUACCUUGGUGUAUGUUUUGAACGCACACACAUUAUGGGU